GGCCAACUUGUUGUCUCCAUACAUGCUAGGGGGUUACUACUUUUUCCUCCUUCGCGAAAUCUGGAUAUUUAUUGACAACUAGAGGCAUCAAAAUCAUGCUCAACCUUCAGAAAGCCUUCAGAAUCACUGUCAAUCUUCAUCCUUCAAUUUAUUCCGCGUUUUUUGCUACCCAGGCUUUAAGUCUGGAACCGGUUGGACAGCUACAGCGCCUGUCUGAUACAUCUUACGAACCCGGUCAACUUUUUUUGCACAAGCAUUUCGGCUAUCGUGGAAUAAUUUUACAGUCGUGGCCGGCGAAGUUGUUUGAUCGAAACAUCCUCUCCUCGAAAACGGUCGAAGUGACCACACAUGAGUACAAAAAAGAAGACGGUAUCGGGGUGACUAUGUACCAAGUUCUAACCGAUCAACGUGACACUGACCUAUGUGUUCCCGUUCUCAAACCUGGUGUCACCUUCUUACCCGACGACAAGCGAAUAUUCAAUACGAUCUACAUAGUAUCUGGAAUGGACUACGUUUUUCAUGAUGAUGUUAUACCGUACACGUCAGCCGAUCCUACCCCUAUAAAAAAUGAAUACUUGCAAGAAUUCAUGGUAUCUGCAUGUGAUCGAGAGCCGUCUUUGGUUCCGACGGAUCAACUUAGGCGGUGGAUUGAAGCCAGGAAACAAAGUUUAGAAGUUACUUGUGUCCAUCGCGAGGAAACCGAAGGUAUCCGAACGACAGCAGUGCCUUUUUUCAUGGGAAGAAGGCUUGCAUCAGACAAAAAUGAAAAGCACAUACGAUACUGGCGUUAUCUUAUUCGCUUGGAGAAUCUCACCUCAGAACGCGUCCAGUUGCGUGAACGUUUUUGGAAAGUCUUCGCGAUAACCGGUAGUUUGGAGUCUGUGCGUGGGAAAGGAGUAGUCGGGAUGCAACCCAUCCUAUCCGAGGAAAGUCCAGUAUUUCAAUACCAUAGCCACGUUCAAGUUCCGGUUCCUUGGGCCCAUAUGUGGGGUUCGUUCAGAUUCGAGCGUUCUACUGGUUCUCACUUUGAUGUCAAAAUUCCAUCCUUUCCAUUAUGUGACCGAGCUUAUUGGACGAAAGAGGAUGCGGAUUCAGCAGGUUGACCAUUGUAAAAAAAAUCCCGCUUUGGAUGGACGUAGCGCUCCCACAUGUCAUCUUAUGAAGCACCAUUUCACGAAGCCAUGAACUAUUGGACAACUGUUAUCUUUGAUAUCUUGCCCCAUGCUUUUCAAUCAGAAUAAGUUCAUUUUCACUACGAUCAA